UUUAAAGCUGACGGUCGUUUCUGUCAGUUUUGCGAGUCGAGCCGCACAAACUCACUGUCAAAAUCAGCCCUCUCAGACGGUCAAUGCACAGUCGGUGCGCCGGUCCGACACAGAUUAGGCAGCCGUGAUGGAUAAAACCCUGGACGUUUUUAUUCCACAGAUUGGGUGUGUGUGCAGAUGAGGCUCUGCGCUGAGGAGGACCUGCAGCCUUCCACGUUCCCUUACCUGGAGUAUUCUGGAUCUCAGGAGGUUUUUUUUACAUCACCAUGAUUAGAAAUACCAGGAGAUUGUAGCACCGCAGACCACCCACCAAGGCAGGCAACGGCUGGGGAAGGAGCCCACCAUAUCCAGAAUUCAACGUUGGACACAUUGAAGCACCAUGUAGUGUUUGUUUUUCCACCACAGGGGGGCGGGUUCACUUUGUAGUUCUUUUUUUUUUGUAUUAUUUUUUAUUUUAAGGAGUUGGUCCAUAAGGUGAGCCAGAAAUGGUCUUGUACACCUCUCCCUACCCCAGUGCCUUACUCAGUUGCCUGAGCCGUCUGUCUUGGGCCUUUGUUUUCCCCUGUUACUGGCUGUUGGACAGGUUGUUGGCCUCCUGCGUACCAACAUCGCUGGAGAAACGCAGGCGUUCCCAGGAUCCCUGUUCCUUUUUGGUUUUGGGCGUUCUAAUCUCUACUCCCCUCUACCUGGUGCUGCUACUGGCAUCUUUACCGUUCGCUUUUCUUGGCUUCCUUUUGUGGGCCCCACUGCACAGCAUCAGGAAACCUUACCUAUACUCCCAUCAGAAACCUGACAAACAUGGCGCCGAGCAGGGUGUAGCGGCCGGCACCGCGGCAACGCUUACCGAAUGGCGUCCGCAAGGUCGCAGCUUUUGCUUUGGAAGUGCCAACAUUUGCCUGUUGCCGGACUCGCUGGCACGCUUCAAUAACCUGGCAGACACUCAACGACGGGCACGGGAAGUGGGCAAACGCAUCCGCAACGGUGCCAACAGACCGCAGAUCAAGAUAUACAUCGACUCACCUACCAAUACAUCAAUUAGCGCUGCCUCCUUUUGCAGCCUGGCCACGCAGGGCUUCCGUCGCACCUCUUCUCUGGACCAUCGACCCGAGCCUACGGUCACCACUGAAAGCGAAACCGAGGCGUUAACAGAGUGUCCCGUUCACCCCUCAGGAGGUACGAGCUCAGACUGCCCCAUUCACAACACCGGAGCCCAGAAUUCUGCUGGGUGUCCUCUUCACCCCAAUGGAGAAGAACAUGCUCCAGAUUGCCCCGUUCAACAGUUUGCAGACUCAAACGCCUCCAGCGAGUGUCCAGUGCAUAGCAACAUCACCCAAAACUCCGAAGACUGUCCUCUCCAUCCAUCUGGAGUGCAAAUCAGCAUUACCUCCCCUGAUUCUGAACCAGCCGAUGCUGAAAAAGGAAACCAUCAAGACGGGGAUACGGGGAGCCUCGAAAGCCGCACAGCUUCCAGGGAAUCCCUGGUUCGAUUUCAUGCGGCCGAUGGAGGCAUAUCGCCCAAUAACACUCUUUCACAACACCGCACCUCAGUGUUCAAACGACCUGUCGGGCGCAAACGCCGUCAUGGCGAUGACGGCUUCGACCACGAGAUCUCCGCCUUCUUCCCAGCCAACCUGGAUUUCCUGUGUCUACAGGAAGUGUUCGACAGGCGGGCUACGAACAGACUCAGGAGGCAGCUGCACCGCUACUUCCCCUAUGUGCUGAGCGAUGUGGGACGCUAUGGCUGGAAAGGCUGUUGCUCUCGCUUCAAGUUCUUGAACAGCGGGCUGCUGUUGGCCAGUCGCUACCCUAUUUUAGACGCCCGUUAUGAGUGUUUCCCCAAUGGGCGUAGUGAGGAUGCAUUGGCAGCUAAGGGAGUUCUUUUUGCCAAGGUGCAGGUAGGACGCUCCGCUCAGGAACAACGGGUUGUCGGAUAUAUCACGUGUACUCAUCUGCAUGCUGUUGAAGGUGAUUCGUCUGUGCGGUGCGAGCAGCUAGAUCUGUUACUGGAGUGGGGCUCUGAGUUCAGGAGGGCCACCUCGGGGUCGCCAGAUGAGGAGAAGGUUCUGGAAGAUCAGGUGGCCUUUGACGUCAUACUUGGAGACCUCAACUUUGACAACUGCUCCUCGGAGGAUAAGCUGGAACAGCAGCAUUCUCUCUUCACUCAGUAUAAAGACCCGUGUCGUCUCGGCCCUGGAGAGGACAAACCAUGGGCCCUGGGUACACUGCUGGACACGAGCGGGCUAUAUGACGACGAAGUCAGCUCACCAGAGAGCCUUCAAAAGGUCAUGGAGAACGAAGAAGGAAGAAAGGAGUACUUGGUUUUUCCCGCCAGCAAGAAUCACUGCCCCAGCCAGAAGGGGCGUAAAAUCCCCCUGAAGGGCAACGGCAGACGAAUCGACUACAUCCUCUAUAGAGAGGAAGGCCUGCAGCAGGACUGGAAAGUGGACAUAGAAGAGUUCAGCUUCAUCACUCAACUGGCCGGAUUGACUGACCACCUCUCGGUGGCCGCGAGACUGGUAGUGUCGACUGGAGAAGAGGAGAGUUAGAAUCCAGCCGUAAAUUUACAAAAAAAUCAAUGCCACGGAGAGACAGAGAGCAGUGAGUAGAAAGUAAAAAACAGCAGGAGGCAUUUGUCAAGCCUCCAGAUGUCAGAUGAGGCCCGAGUGAUGGAGAUGGUCGAGAGGUCGUAUAAAACCAUCGAUGAGAUGAAUCGGCCGAGAGCAGUACACGGGCGUGACAUCCGGACCGCCGUUCUCAAAUGACACAGACACGCACGUUCUGUUGUUGCCAUGGAUACGGACACGGUCUCACACACCAUCUACUCCUGCACUGUCCGUGUUUACAUCUCAAUUGAAGAAGAAAUCGAAAGACUGACUCACCUCGCACAUCCAAUGCUUUUCUCCGGGGCCGGCGAGGAGACGGAGGAGUUUUUCUGGUGCCAUGACCCGGUUGUUGCAUGAAGCGGUCCUGUCACACAGUAUGGAAAGGACAUCGACCACGAGAGGACACAACCUCUCGAUGUCUAUCCCUCAGCGUUCUUCAAGACCUCAGCAAAGUGUCUUUCUUUUCUAACAUCUUUCUAAGGUUUCUAUGGCCUCGCGUCAUCUUUUUAGGGAGUUUAUAUACUCAUGCUGAGGUUUUAUUGUACCUCAGCCAACACUACUACGUCCGUCAUAAACGAUUAAGCGCAAAGCUGGGAUACGAAAAUGUCUGAAAUGUCCCGGACUGCUUACCACUGGAUGUUUGGAUUGCCGGAAGAUGCAUGUGUUUCAAUGCACUGCUAUGUUUGUCAUGGCCUGCAUGUUUGACAUGAAAUCCCCAGAAGUUAUUAACACAAUGUCCACCUCGCUCUCUCUCUC